AUGACUUUUCCAAUGAACAAGAGGCGAAGAAUUUCUGAAAAAAAUUAUUCCAAUGCAUUCAUAUGCCCUCCUCCAUCAAACAAAGAAACAGGAAGCAUUUUCUUCAAGACUCGUAUUUGUCAUAAGUUCAAGUUUGGUAAUUGUCCGAAAGGUGAACAUUGUACCUAUGCUCACGGGGUUGGUGAGAUUAGGCAGCCACCGGCGAAUUGGAAGGAUCUAGCUGGUCCUCGCAAUGAGGAAUGGAUGCAGUUUCUGGAUGAUGAUGAGAAAAUCAUUCACAAGAUGGGGCUAUGCAAGAAAUACUACAAUGGUGAGGAAUGUCCUUAUGGUGAUACAUGUAUUUUUCUUCAUAGGCUUAGGGAAGAUUCUUGGAAAUCAAGAGAGGCCUGUGCAUUAAGCAUUGGAAGUAUCGGAGAUGGUUCUAAUAAUUUGGAAGGAAAUAGGUCUGUGAACAAGCCAGCAAGGGGCACUUACUGGAAGAUUAAGCUGUGUCCCAUUGGGGAUGACUGUCACUACGCUUAUGGAGAAGCAGAUGUCUUACCAGUUUCGGCCAAUGAUGCAACUACCAGCAUCCCAGCAAGUCUAGGUAUUGCAAAGGAAGUGGAGCAAGCUAAGAAGAAGCCUUUACUUUGGUGGAAAUUAAACACGAAGAUCAAUACUAUAUAUGCUGAUUGGAUUGAUGAUUCAUCUCUUGUUUUUCCCAACUUGCCAAGUGCAGAGGAGAUCUAA